UCUACAACUGGCCGUGAGCGGGCAACAGCACAAUGUCGGCUGCGUCUGCGUUGAACGUGUUGAUGGGUUUGCCCGAGACGGCAAACAGGCUGGACGGAGCCGUCUGUGUGCAAUCGGAGGGAAACGUGGACGCCUCCAUCUUUCUGCACAGCUUUGUUCAAAUGUACAUGAAAGGUGGUGGCCGGGCCGUCAUCAUUUCGUUUUGCCAGACCUACCAUCACUAUCAGCUCAUUGGCAAGAAAAUGGGUUACAACUUGGAUGGCCCCGGGUCCCCGCCAACCAAAUCCUUGUUUGUUGAUGGCCUCACGGAUUUGUGCGUCGAGCAACACGACGAGCAGCUGUGGGGGCCAACCCAGUUUCCCACCAUCACCAACUUCUUGAAAGAGUCAGCAUCUGCCGUGACGUCGAUAUCCAAGUUCAUUGCAGCUCAAGAUCAACACGAUGGUGGCAAUCACGCGACUGUGGUCGUCGUGGAUGGGAUAGCAGAGGCCGUGGCCGCCGGGGUGACCGCACACAACAUGCUGCGGUUUCUGCACCAGCUGCGGGCAGUGGUCGAGGCGCGCGGGGACGGCUCGGCGCUCGUGUUCCAUCUCCACGCCGACGCCCUCCCAGAGACAGGCGACGUGAUUCUGACGCAGCUUCCGUUCAUGGCCAAGACCGUCCUGACGGCAAAGGCCCUCGCCACGGGGGCAUCGGCAAGCGUCCACGGCUUGCUGUCGUGCCAGCGGCGGGAUGGGGCGGCCGUCACAUUGCCGGCGCGUGAUGUCCACUACAAGACAAAGGAGACAGGCAUCGCCCUCUUCCCUAUCGGGUCCGGCGCAGGCUUGCUGUAACAAAGGCGUGCCGUCAUGCUUGCGGUGGCGGUGGCGACAGCAGACACUCACGCCACUGGUGCUGCCGUUUCUGAUGCUGUUGGCGACGCUGAUGGUGGUGAGGGAUGACAGCGGCGCGUGCGUCCCGGUGACGGGUGUCGCCAGGACUGCAGCGACAGAGAGGCGGCUGGUGUGGCGGCAGCAACGGCGGACGAGGAACAGGACGCGUGCGGGAAAGUGACAGGCGGUGGAAGGAAGGGGGAGCAACAACAAGGGAACAAAGGGAGAAAGAAGGAGGGGAGGGGGCGUGCUUUGCACCUGCAGAGAGUGAGCUUAAAUAAACGACGGAUAUCGACGAACAACA